AUGACCGACAUCUCGACAGCAGCUGCCAACGCCCGCGCCGAGCGCCGCAGCAAGUACCACGAGGCCGAUGUCGUCGUCGUCGGCGCCGGUGUUUUUGGCUGCGCCAUUGCCUACGCCUUGGGCCAGCAGGGGAGAAGCGUCAUCCUGCUCGAGAGGUGGAUGAAGGAACCCGACCGCAUUGUCGGCGAGCUUCUGCAGCCUGGCGGCAUCGUCGCCCUGCGCCAAUUGGGUCUGGCCGACACCCUUGAGGGUAUUGACGCCGUGCCCUGCAGCGGCUACAAAGUCAGCUUCCACGGCGAGGGAGUCGACAUUCCCUACCCCUCCUUUGACGAGAACGGGCGCAUGAUCCACCCCUCCAACAGCACCGAGUCGACGUCUUCGAGCGCAAAGCAGAAGGAGGGCCGCUGUUUCCACCACGGCCGCUUCAUCAUGAACCUCCGCAGGGCUUGCCAGAGGCAGGAGAACAUCACCAUUUUCGAGACCGAGGUGACGGCAACGGUACGCGGCGACGACCAGAACACGGUCCUGGGCGUCAGGUCCAAGACGACGGAUCCCGUGACGGGUGAUAAGAAGGACGACUAUUUCUUUGGCCAGCUGACCAUCAUCGCCGACGGCUAUGCAUCCAAGUUCCGCAAGGAGUGCCUCCCCGAGGUCCCCACGGUCAAGUCCAAGUUCUACGCACUCGAGCUCAUCGACGCCCCCAUGCCAUCGCCCGGGUACGGCCACGUCGUCAUCGGCAAGGCCUUCCCCGUCCUCAUGUACCAGAUCGGCACCCACGAGACCCGCGCCCUCAUCGACGUGCCUGCCAACAUCCCCGAGGCUGCGCCCGCCGCCGGCGGCGUCCGCGGCUACAUCAAGAAUGUCGUUGUGCCGUCCCUGUCGCCCCAGAUGCGGCCGUGCUUCGAGGCCGCUCUCGCCGACGGCAAGAUCCCCCGCUCCAUGCCUAACUCAUACCUGCCUCCCUCGCGACAGACGGCGAACGGCAUGCUCCUCCUCGGCGAUGCCCUCAACAUGCGUCACCCCCUGACGGGCGGCGGCAUGACCGUCGCCUUCAACGACUGCGUCAUCCUGUCCGACCUGCUCCACCCCUCGCGCGUGUCUGAUCUUGCCGACCCCGUCGCCAUCAAGAACGUGAUGCGCGAGUUUCAUUGGCGCCGCAAGAGCCUGACUUCCAUCAUCAACGUGCUGGCCAUGGCCCUGUACGCCCUGUUUGCCGCUAACGACCGCCAACUGCGCGCCCUGCAGAUGGGCUGCUUUCAGUACUUUCACCGUGGUCACGCUGCGGAGCCCAUGGCGCUUAUGGGCGGCCUCAUGCACCAACCGUCUAGGCUCGCCUACCACUUUUUCAGCGUCGCCUUCCUCGCCAUCUGGCUCAACGCCCUUGACGUCAUGAGCGGCAGCGUCUUUGGGUUCCUCAAGGCGCCCCUGGCGCUCAUCGACGGCAUCCUGAUUCUCUGGAGAGCAAGUGUUGUGUUCUUGCCCGUCAUGUGGCGUGAGCUGAGAUAG